CAAGUAGCAGAGACAGGAGGGGGUGAGAGAGAAAUAGAGAGAGAAGGGAGGGUGAGGUGGGAGCAGCUAGACGAGUUCAAAUUCCUUUGGCUUGAGGGGAAGUCGCUGCUAAGUUUCCACAGGAGCCUGGAGAAGCAGUGACGCUGCGACACUAACACAGAGCAACAAGUGCAAUAAGAGAGCGUGUGUCAGAGAGCAGUGCACUACCUUCCUGUCACAUAGACUCAUGGAUAACUUCCAGGCACAGCCGCACUGACACACAUUUCUUAUUACUCUGCUUUAUCACUGCCUCGUGGCUAUUGUUUAUCAGGACUCCAGCUCCAAGCGUCUGAUUGGACAGAGAUCACGGGACUAGCAGCCAAAUGAUCAUUGGCUACCCACAACCAAUAAGGAAAUGACUGCUUCAGGAGAGAGCUGCAUAUGUUCUGGCACCUCCAUGAAUGUCUCCUCCAGGGCCGUCACUGCACGGAGAACCCAGCAGUCCGGAUAAUUAACUCCUCCCCCAGCCAUUAUCUCCCUGCAGCCUCCCUUGUCUAGCCGCUCCCUCACUGUCACCACAGCCUGUUCAGACGCUCUGCCGACUGCGUCUCCCCAGCCAGCGCGACCUUAAUCCUCCUGGCUGCUCUGUGUGCUACUUCCGGUGCUGUGUGGAGGAACAGCGCUGAGUCAAGGGCGCACACAGUGGCGACUCACAAUACAUUAUAUAAGAUUCCCUCGUCUGUCCUGCUCUCACCUGGUAACUCUACCUGUGGCCCCAGCCCUCCAUAGAAGCUCCGCCCACAAACUUUCCCCGUUGCCAGGUAACCCAGAUCACGUGCCCCUACGGGACUUCCGCCGGGGAAUGCUUUCUGCUUGAAGCCGGGACCCGCUCACGUGACGUCUCACCAUGGCGGAUACAAGCAAUCGGCUCAUGUUGGGCGCCGGCCUGACAGUUUUGUCGCACCCGAUGAUGUAUGUGAAGGUGCUGGUGCAGGUGGGACACGAGCCAUUACCGCCAACCUUGGGAAGAAACCUUUUCGGGCGUCAGGUCUACCAACUUCCAGGUCUUUUCUCAUACGCCAAACAUAUCAUUAGUAUAGAUGGGAGGAGCGGCCUCUUCAAGGGCUUGGUUCCUAGACUGUGUGCAGGAGCCAUUGGAACUGUGGUGCACAGUAAUGUCUUGCAACGCUAUCAGGAUCCCAAUUCUAGUGAAGAAAGUGAACAGAAAGAUGGCUCAACCUCACUGGACCUCAUUGUCAAAGAGACAACUCAGGAGAUGGUUGCCCGUUCAGCAGCUGCCCUUGUUACACAUCCCUUACAUGUGAUCACUCUACGCUGUAUGGUGCAGUUUAUAGGAAGAGAGACCAAAUAUAGUGGGCUCUUUGGAUCCAUUGCGACGAUAUACAGAGAGGAAGGCAUUCUUGGCUUUUUUGCGGGAUUUAUACCAAGGCUUUUAGGGGACAUUUUUUCACUAUGGAUCUGCAACAUGGCAGCAUAUCUCAUAAACAAGUAUGCUCUGGAAAAUGGGGCCGUCUGUGAGAUGAAGAGUUAUUCUCGGGCAUUUACAGGGUUCCUGGCCAGUAUAUUGACAUACCCAUUUGUCCUGGUUUCCAAUAUCAUGGCUGUGAAUAACUGUGGGUUGGCCGGGGGGCUGCCUCCUUAUGCUGCUGCAUAUACUUCUUGGACAGACUGCUGGACACAACUCAGCAAAGAGGGGAACAUCAAUCGGGGGAACAGUCUGUUUUUCCGCAAGGUGCCUGCAGGGAAGAGUUAUGUGGUAGCACACAAGAGAUUUUACUGAAGGUAGAAGCUGCUCCAAUCAGACCUGCUUGUUCCGCCUGGGAGGGGCUGAUGGUGGAAGGUCGUUUAAUAUGUUCACAGAUUGUUUACAAUAUAUAUAUAUAUAUAUUUUUAAUGAUCAUUCAUUCUAGAGAACACCAAGGCCUUGUAUAAUCUGUAUUGACAUGUUCAAGAGUCACGCCAUUCCUCCUUUGCACCUGUCUCUGCCAGAGAGGAGAGUACCUUUACCAAGGAAUGUAUUAUGCAGCUAAAGGGUUAAGAAUACAGUGUAUAUUAUCUAUUAAUUGUAAAUGCAUCUUAAUCUCCAGUUUAUACCUUUAUACCUAAAGUCUAUUUGUUGAGUAAAUGCCGCAGACUCCGCUAGAUCCGACUUCCAAGCUUCAUUCUCUGCACAGCGUCACAGGCCGCUUUUGGGGCAUAAUCGCACUCGUUUUUAAAAAUGCAUAGAAAAUUGAAAAUUACAGAGAAUAAACUUUGGAGA